UGCUGAGGCCUCUCAUUCAAGUGGUUUAUCACAUACACAAAGGAACUUAAAGGAGGAAGGAGAGUAACAAAUAAAGAAAAUGGCUUCCUCAAUGCUCUCCAACGCCGCUGUCGCCACUGCUGCCGUCAGCCGUAACACCGGUGCUCAGGCUAGCAUGGUGGCUCCCUUCACUGGGUUGAAGUCUAUUGCAGCAUUUCCAGUUACCAAGUCUAGCAAUGACCUCUCCUCCCUCCCUAGCAAUGGUGGAAGAGUCCAAUGCAUGCAGGUAUGGCCACCUCUUGGCAAGAAGAAGUUCGAGACCUUAUCUUACCUCCCACCUCUCACCACGGAGGCAUUAUUGGGUGAAGUUCAAUACCUUCUCAACAAGGGAUGGAUUCCUUGCUUAGAAUUUGAAGUCAAAGACGGAUUUGUGUACCGUGAACACAACAAUUCUCCAGGGUACUACGAUGGUCGCUACUGGACCAUGUGGAAAUUGCCCAUGUUUGGGUGCACUGACCCAGCUCAAGUGGUAAACGAGCUUGAGGAGGUCAAGAAGGCUUACCCUCAAGCUUUCGUUCGUAUCAUUGGAUUCGACAAAAAUCGUCAAGUGCAAUGCAUCAGUUUCAUUGCCUACAAGCCUGAAGGCUACUAAGUACCAUAUUUGAUUCUUUUUUGUAAUCUUGUUAAUUCGUUGAAUUUCAUUAUGUACUUUGAAAGAUUUGUUCCUUGAAUUAUAUCCAAGGAAAAACACAUUUGUGAAGGGCUCUGCUUAAUUGUUGAGUUUUAUCAUUGUGGAAAAAUUAGCAAAUUUUCUCUGA